UUUGCUAAAUAAUAACGUGUUUGGGCAAAAAAUGUAUUUGGCGGCUUUGGCGUACGUCCGCCGCAUUACCUAAUUUUAUUUUGUAGGCUACUCGUUUGUUCACUUAUAAUUUUUGCUUCUCAAAUAGAAUAAUUUUAAUACCUUAUAAUCAUACAAAAAACUCAAAAAAUGAGAGGCAGAUUUUUAGUUUUAAAAACAAAUGAAAUGCCGAUUAUACUCCCUGCUUUUUCUUGAUAUAUCUUAUAAACUGUUUCUGCAAACCAGUUAUUGAUUUUAAAUAUACGUUCCCCCAGUACAAUAUUGCAAAUUCCAAUCUACUGUGGAUGAAAUAUGACCAAGUUUCAAUUAAAAAAGUGAUAGACACAUUUAGGAUUGCAUUUUGUCUGUUACAGACAAACAUAACGUCUUAUUCCCCGGUGUCAAGCAGAUCAACUAGAUCAAGCGCCACUAUCGGUCAUCACCACUUCCAUGGACUCCACCUCCAACAGAAUUCUGCCAACAACGUACGUCAUCGUGAUUCCAUGUCGAGCAGUGCAGGUGCAUCAUCAGUUCGUCGUCUGAUCGGCGUGGUGCGCUCCACUCCGUCACAGUUCGGACCCGUCUACUCGAGGCGUGUCAUUCACAAGAACUGGGCAGCGCUGUGUUUGGCGAACGCUCUACUCACUUCUGCAAUUGUACCGUUGUUGGGUCUUCAGAGUUCCAUCUCUUCGUGGUGGUGGCCUCCGGGUGGUGGUGGUGGUACCGGAACACGAAUUUCCGCCAAGUGGUUCUACCUUAGUGCCGACAUCGGCUCUCUACUGCUAGGAUCUCUGUUCGCUAUCGGCUCUCUCUCGUCUCUCUUCAUUGUCGCAAUCAUCAAGCGGCUGGGCACUAAUACCACUAUAAAUGUGAGCUAUGGCUGUGCGUUCCUUUUUUUCUUGGCUCAUCUUUAUCCGAAACUCUAUACUCUGAUCCCCAGUUACUUAAUAAUGGGGAUCAGCUUAGGGCCUCUAGCCGGGGCGAAGGUCACAGCCUUGAUGGCACUCGCUUCAAAGUACUCGUUCGUGUUGUCUGACGAAGAAGAAGAUGAAAUAGAACACGUAGAAGUAUCCAACAGAAGGGACGCGAUAAUUCACAAGUUGGCGAGGUGGAUGCAGACCACUCAAGAUUGUGGACUCGUGUUCGGUAACCUGCUGACAGGGAUGGUGAUGUGGUACACUUGGAGUAUUGCACAGGAUGUCCACAGCACUCGUGUGGCGAUAGACUCCAUGUACGUGUUGGACGAAGUGGGAGAGAGAAUAUGUGGUGCUGCUGCGUGCCCAGUGGCUUUCGACUUCCAUAGUCUCCCCUCUCCGGACUUGUCUACCAACAGAUCCUCCUCGGACGACUCAUCACUAGUACUCCCGUGCAAAUCCUGCAUGUUUCUGGCCAGUGUCUUCAUCGGAUUCGGUAUAAUGGCUUGGAUCGUAGCUGUGGUCUUCACUGAUCGUCUUAUCGUUUACCAAGAUUCAUCUGAGAAAAAUGACUUUGCCAAGUCCUACAAAGUUAUGACUGACACAUUCAAGGAUCCACAUCUUCAACUGGUGGUGCCACUUGCCCUCUACAUCGGACUCACUCAAGGUUUCAUGUAUGCAGAUUUUACCAAGUCAUAUGUGGUGUGCUCCCUGGACCUGUACAAUGUUACAUGGGUAUUUGUAGCAUUAGGAGUGCUACAGUGUAUUGCCGGGUGCACUGUCAGUUUGGUUCUACAGCAAAUAAAGAGGCUCUAUGUAAUAUCUGUAGGGUUCGUGUUUCAUUCCUGCCUUAUCCUGGUGCUGCUAAGAUGGAAGCCGACAGGAGAUGACCCAGCACUACUAUAUGUCAUUGGUGCUGUGUGGGGUGUCUGCAACUCAAUCUGGGAGUGCCUUACUUUUAGUCUACUGAUUGCUAUUUAUCCAGACACAUGGCAGCCAGCAAUAGGCCACCACUACUUUUUCCGCUAUUUGGGGUUGGCUCUGGCAUUCAGUGUUCACGGUGCUUUUUGCAACCACUUCAAGUUGUACUUCUUGAGCGUGGUGCUGGCGCUAACUGCAGUGUCAUACACGGUGCUAGAAUGGCGGCUGGCUCAGAACCACAAGACCAACUUGGCAGCAUUGUGACCCCGCCAUGCUGUCCCCACCUCCUAGUGGCACCGCCACCACCUCCGCCACCGCCCUCGUCGUAAUCUGCCUUUUGCUGUGCUGUUGCGGCGUCGGAGAAAUAUCUCCCACAGACAAUAACACCGCACCUAACAGUAUUUGGGAGAGGGGGAGGUAUAAGAGUGGGGAGAGCAGAUAAACAUUAUAAUGAGGAAUACCUCACAUUGAAGUUGUGAUAUCAAAUUCACUCAAUACAUAGAAAUUUAUUUUGUAAAAUGUUAAAUCAUGUUACUUUACUUUUAGGUAACUAUGCUAGAUCUUGUUCCAAGUACAAAUUAUAAGACAAAAGUAAUAGAUUAUGGAAAAAAAUACCUAAUAGUGAAAGGUACAUAGUUUAAAAAUUAGAGAACUUCAUCUUUACUGUUCUUUUAUCUAUAUUUUUACAUGCAACUUACAAAAACUAAUUUAUUUUGUUUGAGUAGAUUUUAUAAUAUAAUGUAAAAUAAAAAUGUAUUAAUUAAAAAAAUCAACCCUACCAAAUUAACUUGUACAACCAAAUAAUUCAAUAUAUUUCCAAAUAAUUUCUCCUACAGUUAAUCAAGAACAGUUUUGAAUAUAUUACAUCAAUAACAAAAAUAAUUAAAAAAUAGAAAUCAUUUAGCUAAAUGUAUACAUCACUUAUGAUUUUCAAAUAUUUUCCACCUUCGCUCUUAAUACAAAUUUACCUCACUUUAAUAGAAAUUUCAAAACAGAUUUAUAUAUGUUUAAAUUUAAAAAACUACAUAAACAACAGAUGCUAAUUCGUAUUGUUGAACUUUACAAAAAUAGUAUCAGUUGUAUUUUUAAAUAACUAUAAAUAUGUAGGCAUUUAAACAUUUACUUUUUUAUAUAUGAAAUUAAGUUUUGUAUUAAUGUGAAUGUGUUAUGACCGUCAAGCAAGCUUAAAUUUAGGAAUAAAACUGUUAUCAUCAUUGAAAUUAUACAUUAUUAUUUGAUGACUCAUUUCAAUUUAGAAUCUUAGCCUAUCUAGUCCACUUAGAAAAAGAUUAAAAUGAAAUUACUGUAAAUUAUUUAAUAACAGAUUCCUCAAAUUUCAGAGCAGUGUUAGGACAGGAAAUAUCUAAUAUUAUAAUGUUCUUAACCUAUAUUAAUAUAUUUAUGUAAUACUUUACUAGAAAAUACUUUCCUAACAAUUUUUUGUGAACAAAAAUAAAGUGCUAAGAUGUAAAUACAUGACAGUAUUUAUAAAACUGCUUUGGCCACAUUCUUAUACUUCAUUCAAAUGUUUAAAAAAUAUACUGUACAAUUUUCAAUUUCAAUUAUUCAUGUUCAAUUCUUGAUUUGAUUGAAACUCAUGUAUGUUAUACAAACUGUUAGAUUAAAAUAUGUUUACCUAUUACACUAAUAUCGUAAAUGCACUCAUUUUGAUAUUUACUGUCUAAUAAAGUAACUAAAAAUAAAACAAAGUAGGAAAGAAUAAACUCAAAAAAUGUUCACUGCUCAUUUUUUGGAUAGGGUAAACCAAAUGUACUAAUAAAGCAUUUCCAAAGACAAUAAAUGUGUUGUCAAGGGACAAAUUACAUAAUUAUAUCAAUUGAUGGCAUACAUGUUAUUUGGAACUAGCCUAUAAUCUAUCAGGUAUAAGAUAUUAAUACUAAGUCCUAAUAUUUGGGCGCCCAUACAAUUUUUAUCGUCAAAGAUUUUGUGGGAUUUUAGUUCAUCUGAUGUGAAAAUAUUGCUGUUGCUAGAUACAUACUGAGUGUGCUAUAUAAAUUGACAUUUUUAUAAUGAUAUUUUGCUGACAUCACUAGUCAGUCAAGGUCAAACCAGUAGUUCAGGCUUACACACAGCCUAGACCCUUUCACCCAUCCCUCAUGUUGUUCAUCAAUUUCUUGAAAUUUUCAAAAUUAGACCAUUUGUUGAAAAUACUGGAUUUAGAGUUGGUUAAAAUUAUUGUGACCAGGUUAUUGAGAGUAUUUUCAUACAGCUUCAACACCCUCAGCAUUCGAGACCUUUUCAUAUUUUUAUGUUUACCUCCAACAGUAUUGCAUUACAGACUACAAACAAAUAUUUUCAAACUUUAUAAUAACAAUCAUAUGACCAUGGUUUAACUAUUUCCAAGAUACAGUCAUACCUUUUCAAAAGUAACGUGAAUAACAUAUUUCUAAACCACUUGUUUAAUGGUGUUAUAGUUGAACGCCUAUCAUAAACAACUUUAUACAAAUUAUAUUUAUAAUAAUAAAUUGUUAUCUGUUAGUGUCUCACAACAGACUUUUCACUCUUGAUGUUAAACUUUAUGCUAAUCUAAGUAAGUAAGCUAUUCUUGUCUGACUAAAACAAGAAGUUUAAAACAUGUCUACAAGCUCCAGUGACAUAACAAAAAAACACAAGAUACUGAAGAAUCAAUUGUAAUAAAAAAUGUGCAACUGUAUUAACACCUUCUUGUACUAUACAAUAUUAUUUGUAUUGUUAGUUGUAACAAGUUAUAAAAAUUGUAAGGUCAAGUCAGAAUCUGCUCACUUACCUCUACUAGUGACUACAGUCGGCAUGCGCCCAUUGUAUUUUAACUAUAAGGACUGUUUUAACCAUAUAAGGACAACUAUACUGAUAAUGUCAAACUCAUCACAUGGAAGUAAAGAAGAAAGCUGAUAGUGACAAUAUAUAUCCGGCAAUCCUCAGCUUUUGCUAUCUGCUUUCAUGAUCUGUUUGAUUAAUCCUUGACAGCAACAACUUUACGAAACGCCCUGAAAAAUGGAUACAACAUCAUUAUUCUUCUGUUUACCUCUGGUGAUACUUGAAAUGCUAUUGUAAUUUAUUAUUGUGCAAUAUAUGUUUAAGCAAGCUUCUCAAAACCCUCUUUGAUGGAAUAGCAUAAUUUAAGAAAAAUUUAAUCAUAUUAGCAUGCAUUUGUUUUGGAAAAAUGUACAAUGUUGAAUGUACUAGUAUUCCAAAUGUAUGUUCAAUCUGUAUCACAUAUUUAUGUGAUUAUAUUCCCAUCUUAAUUUAUUUGGAUCUCAAAGAGUUCUUUCUAUCUCUCUAUCGUUUGAUAUAUUCACGAUUAUCCAGUAUUAAUAACUACAUUGAUUCCCUGAUGUUUGCUGACUGUUUGUACUUGAGUUCUUUCACACAAAAUGACAUAGGUAAUCAUAUAUUUCAGUAAGCUGGCUGGGUGAAGUCCAGUAUUAAGUAUUAUGAUUGUAACAUUCAGAUAAUCUAGCUGAAUUUCCAAUAAUGUUGUUCACUUGCUAUAAUUCAUUUAACUUACAUACAGGAAUUUUAAUCCUUGGAUAAAAGUAAUCUAUAAUCAUUUAUGCAUAAACAGAUUAAAUAAUAGGUAGGAAGGUAAUGGCUAUUAGGGAGUCUGGUGGGCUGGAGUAUCUCCCAAAAGGAAUGAGUUCUGGCUGCACUUCCCCAGAUAAUAUUAGAGCAUACAAACACAAUUUUUUGUCAAUUUUAAAUUAAUUUGCUUCAGGAGCAGAAAUCCAAUUCCUCCAGAUUCUUAUUAUAUAGGAUCCUAUUGUAUAUUAUUAUAUAAUUAAAAAUUCAGGACUCAAACAAUUAAUUUUAAUCUACUUUAAUUUAAAGUAAUUUGACUUACAAGAAAUACAGAUCAUGCAUUAUUUCUAAAGAAAACUUUAAGAUUUAAGGACUAGACUUAUUCAAUCAUAGUAUAAUACACUUUUUAAUUAAUUUAGUUUAUCAUAAAUAAAAAUUCCAUGUUGCUCUACCACACAUUUUAGAGAAAAGAGGGCCUCAAAAUGUUUUCAUCUACUCUUAAACUUUACGAGAAGAACUUAUCCACAUUAUAGAAGAAAAUGCAAACUAAGCAUUAUUCCUGACUAAUUAUGGUCUCAAGAUACUGCACUUAGUAAACGAUUGUUUAAUAUAUUUUUUUAGGAUAAAAUACAAAUAAUAACCAAUAAAUUAAAACUAUAAUUUUAAUCUGAGUAUUCUAUUUUAAAUGGAUAUUUACAUUUUAAAUUAUACAAAAAUUUACUGUUAUCUUUAAUUUAAAAAGCUGUUAUUUAGUUUGAUACAUGUCUGUUAUCUCAAGUGCAAAAUAAAAACCUUACCCUAACUAAAAAUAUCACUAAUUAAAUAAGCCUUAAAUUAAUUAAACAAAUAGUUACUGAAACUACUUGUUUCAGUAUAUAAUCAUCAGCGUUCACCACUAAUAAAGUGCAGUAGCAAAAAUGUUACAAAUAAGUAUCAAACAAGUAAUUAGUUGUCAAGACGUGUAAAGGGAAGUAGCCUAAACACAAACAGAACUUAAAUAUAUUUUUUAAAUCAUUUUUGACCUCCUGAAGAUAGGACUCUUGUUAACACAUUUUUCACUCUUUUGAAUGACUUUGGUAUACAAUAUUAUUGUGAAAUCUGUGUUUUCUUAUCAUGACUGAAAACAUGCAUUUCUGAUUUUAUCGCUGAGGUGGGGUCAGGACCUUCCAAAGUUCUCUAUGACUAUGCAUAGAAAUUAAUCUGUCAAAGGUCUGGUUGUUUCUUUUGGCAGCAGCUUCAUUUGGAUUGCAACCUUUCCAGGCUGAUCUCUGUAUACCAUUCUAGUUCAAACUAGUGGUGACCUUUUAUUGCUGGUGCCAUAUUUAGACUGAAAGGUGCACAAUGCCACUUCAUCCAGAUGCAAGAAAUGGUUAUAGCUACAGAAGUUUCUGUGCUGGAUUACAUAAUAACUAAAUCUUCUGUUCCUAGAAGCAUGGAAGAAAGUGUUGUAUGUACUGCUUAUGUACAAACUUAGUGAUUACAUCAUCUACCCUGAAUGCUCAGGAUUCAUUCACGAGUACAAGCUUACAUUAGAACUUCGUAUCCCUUUGGUUACUUACUAUGUAUUUAUUGUAAACUGCACGAAAAUAGUCCAAUGACAUUUGGCCAGUGUUUCGAUAUCACUGCUGACCACAAGAUGUUCCCGCAGUGACUAUUUUCACAUACUGCUAAUUUACAGGUUGUUUACAAAACAGAUGAAUGAAACAAAUUUACUGUUUUUACUGUUACAGUUAAUGAUGUUUGUUUAUUCCAAGAGUGUUUAUGCUGUAGGAACCAGUAAUUUUCCUUACACAUAAAACUAGCAAUAGUAUUGGUUGCAGGGUCUAGUAGAAAGGAUUCAGAUACACCAGCCACCAUCAGACUAUUUUCGUGUGGGCUGCUUAAGUUCCACACCAAUAGUCUCUUGGCAAGUUUUAUCCAGAUAAGAAAUAAAGUAGCUAAGCUGUGACAUUUUCUGUGACACACAAGCAUAAUAUAUCUGUGCAGUCUCCUUCUUGAGUACAGUUUUAUUAAAAAUAAGUAUUUCACAAUUUUCUGAUUAGUGUUUUCUUCUUUGUAUUUACAUAUUUAUAAACAGGGUGUUCCAGAACUAUCUACCAAUAUUUUCAGGUAUUAUUUUUGGAUCAAUGGCAAACGAGAACAUCAUAUUCAAACUUUCCAAAACACAAUAAUUACCUGAUGGUUGCCAUUUUACUUUUUCACUUAUCUACUUUUAAUUUGAGAAGGGCUUGUUGUGAUAAGUUGAAAUUUGGUAUAUACCUUUACAACCUGAAGUCCUAACUACUUAAACAAAUUUUAAUUUCUUAUGUUUUAAUGAAUUUUUAAUAAACCUAAAACCUCCAAUAGGUAAGGAUAUUAUGACCACCCAUCAACAAUGUAAGUUAUAAUCAGUUGUUGAUUAGAGCAGCUAAAAUAAAAAUGGUUGAAUGCUGUGGCUCACAGUGUUAUCACAUAAUGACAUGGAUAUUGCUUAGUGCUGUUUUUUAAAAGCAAAUUAUUUUCCUUAUUUAUCAACUGAUUUUCUUAACUUAGUACCAUUGGAUUUAUAAUUAAAUCCUAACUAAAAUGUAAUACUCAUUACUUUUUAUCAUAUAUAGUUUUUAAGAAAUUUAUGCUCAAUGAUUUUAGAAAACCGCCAUUUAUAAAAUAAAAAUUCUAAAAAAUGGUAAUUUUUUCUAUAGUUAAAAUUUUAGGUUGUAAAGGUAUAUACCUAAUUUCAACUUACUAAAACAAGCCAUUCUCAAAUUUAAAAUAGUUAAAUAAAAAUGACAGCUAUUUGGGUAUUUAUAAGAGUUUUGGAUAGUUUGAAUAUGAUAUUUUGGUUAGCCUUUGAUACAGGAAUAAUACCUUAAAAUAUUUGUAGACAAUUCUGGGACAUCCUGUAUAUACAAUUUGACUUGUUAAAUAAUUUUUAUAUUGUACCUUCUGUUUCAGUGGUAUUUUGUUUUCAAAUAUGGAUCUUGUUUUAUUUAUUUCCUUGAUAAAUGGCUGACUAACAGCUGCUCAGUGUUUCUUGUCAAUGUUGGCAACGUUGUAAUCAUGUUUAUAUUCUCAGACUUUUGUCAAACAUAACUUUCUAUGUACCUAUUUUAGUUAUAUGUUCAAUGGUUAGUUUUGUCACUGUAAAGAUUGAAUUUAUGUCUACUGCUGAAUUGUAUUUUGCUAAUGUUAUUGUUGUUAUAUUAUGAAUGUUAUUUUAUUUAUUGUCUUUGUAUAUCAUGUAAAUUAGCUUUGCUGUUGAUAUUAAUGAAUCUUGGAACUUAUAUAGCCUUCAACAAGCGACCAACAGAAUUUUAAGUCAUACGAAAGCAUCAUCAUACUUAUCAUUGAAUGACCUGAGAAUUUUAACGUUUGCCUAUUUGGAACUUGCAUAAACUACAUCAUUAAAAUUAUGGGCAAUUGCCUUUUGUUAAUUCUCCAAAAUAAAGUGUACAAUCAAAUGAUUGACCCUUUUACAAGUAAUUACUAACCAAAGUAAUGAAAUACUGUACCUCAAACCACUUUUGUAUAGAAAAAGGUCAUUCGGCCGGCAUCACUAUCUGUUCUAAUUUCUAAAAUGCAUUUUUAUGUUUUAACCUAAGUUUUGUGAUAUCAGUAAGUAUUCAUAACAGUUAAGGUUUCUUGUUGAUAUCUAUCUAACUCUGUUGAAAUAUUAUGCAUGGUGGCGGUCGGGUAAGGCAGUCAAGAUAACCGAGUCAAAGCAACAUCUAGCAUGGCUGUUGCUUCGAUUGGUGACCCACUACGUGAUCCUGUCCUUGCAAGCAGUCUGCCUGCCCGGCCAUUGGUGAUGGUUCAGAAGUCACCUUUAAGCUGUUGGUCCCCAGGUUGUGUCAAAGAGGACUUCUUAGCCCUUACUUCGCCUGGUGAAAUAAGACAUUUCUUACUGUACCUUACUACACUAUAGUAUGACCUAAUAUUCUAUUACCUUAGAUAUUUAAUAUGAAAGCAUAGAAAAAUAAAAGUUAAAUUACUUACAGUUCUGUGGUGAAGCCAUAACUUUCUUAUGGAUAACCUGACCCUUGACCUCACUAUUUAUUGCAGACUGGCGAAAAUCGGUCGGUCAAUACCAGUUGUACAGCGUGUUAUUUUCUAAACUUCUAAGUGGUUUUAUGUCAAAUGCUUAGCUUAUUUAGCUAAAAUUAAAGAGAUAAGGAUAAAUAGUUUAUUGUUGAUCAACUUUUAUUGUUUAAAAAAAUAACCUAAAUUAAUCAAAUAAUUAUACAAUGGCUGUAUCAUUAUUUAUUUUCUUAUAAAAUAUUAAAAAUGUUUGACUGUCUUUCAACUAAAAAAAAACUGUUUAUUUUGCAUAUAAUUUUCAUGUAGGUACUGUGUUAUGAAUAUGGAAGAUGUCUCUAUGAAUUCUUCAUUUAUAAAGUACACUGUUGUUCCACUUUUGUGUAAAAUGUGUUAUGUGUAAAAUGUGUUAUGUUUAAAUGUUUAUGUUUAAAUGUGUUAUGUUUAAAAUGUUAUUGCAGCUCAAGCAUGAAGUUUGCACAACAAGAGUUUAUGAGGUGUGCAAUCUUCCAUAUGAAGUCAAUGUGCAUUACCAGUGUUAUGUGCAUUACAAGUACACUUGCUACAAUAUUUUCUUUGCCAACACAGUUUUUAAGAAUAGGCAAUAAUAAUAGGAUUAUCGUAUUUAGAGAUCCAACAGAAUAAAGCACUGUUUCAAAUCAUUGAGAAUAAGAACAUCUAAUUUUAGAGAUUAAUUGAAGAAGUUACUGUUAUGAAACAAUCAAAUAAAUUGCAUAAUGAUAUGUACUUUUGAGAACUGUGGUGUAAUAGUAACAAUAUGAAUCGUAUUAAAUAACAAUUUGUGGUAAAGAAAUCAGGGAGGGGUUGAUUUUAAAUGUUGAUACCAGAAUAACUUUAUUUCUAGAUAUACAGAUAUUAAAAUCUCUCGUCAUCUAUUUUUUUAUUUAAUUUAAAAUAUUCUGAUACUUUUAAUUUAAAAUGUAUUCUUGGAUAUAGUUGGUUCUCAGAAGUUAAGUAAUGAAACAUAGAAAUUAAGAAGAACAGAAUUAGGUUCCUUCUUUUAGACCUUUUAGUCACGGCAUUAUAACAAUAGAUUAUUCUCUAACACAAUCAGGGCUUUUUUGGACCGCUUAGUAGCAUUGCAGUAAAUAUAUAAUAAAGAAAACUAUUAAUUUGACUAUUUUGCGGAAGGAGUUAGCUAUGUGAUUGAUGAAGAUACAAAGGUUUGAUAAAACCUGAAGGCGUUUGUUAAAACAGAGCUAUGAGAAUAAUGUUAUGCAUUACUGUUACUUUCAAUUUAAGUUUAGGGAAGGGGAAACGUACCAUUUCAUAUUAUAUGGGGGAGGGGUGCAUUAACUUAUUAUUUUAUUGAAUGUUAUGUAUUAAUAGAAUGCAGAGUGUUUAGAAAAUGUUUAACAUUUCAACUUGCUAAAUGCUACUAAGUAUAGCACUUUAAACAGAUCACAAUUAUUUCAGAGAUUUUCGUGUUAGAAUCAGGGUUGAGUGUAAGUAACCAAUACAAAUCAAUCACUCAUAAGUUAAUUUUUUUAAAUUAAAGUGUAAAAAUCAGCAAAUACGUGAAAAGUAGAAGUUAAUUUAAUGCUGAAGUUACUAGCAGGAUAAAAUUGUCAAGACAAUUUUUUAUUUCUUUUCUCAGAUAAUUGAAGGGGGAAAGGAUGAUUUCCCCAAAUAUAUCAAUGCUUGGAACACAUCAAAACAUUUUUGGGAACGAUUUCUUUUGUAAAUCACUUGAUUUUGCAUAAUUAAAACAAAUGCUGAAUACAGAAUAAUAAUCCAAUAUAGCUGAAAAUUAGUGUCAGAUUCUAAAAGAAAAGAUACUAAUUAUUGAAAAUAGUCUCAAUACAAAAUAGUGCUGUCAUAUCUCUGACUUUGUAAACAGUUAUCAAUCCACUCUAGUAGUAAAUAUCUACACAAGUAUCAAAGAAUGGGAAUCAAAACUGUACCCACAUUUUAUCUAUACCUGAUAUUUGAAAUCACAAUAAAAUAUACUUUAAAUAGAGCUAUUUCUUGUUCCUAUUAAAUAAGAACCAGAAUCAAAUUUAAAGAAACCUGUAGAUAUUAUUCCACUUCGUAACUAGCCAAUAAAGAAAGCCAUUGCAUCACAUUUUUCAAAGGACAUUUUAACAUGUGGAUGUAGGUACUUUUUGUCCAUUUACCAGGAGUAGAUUAUAGAGCGUCUGUGGCAUAACUAGGAUUUGGUUUUGGAAGGGGGAGGGGUGAAUCAGAUAGAAAAGCACACCACACUGUGGUAAUGAAUAGAUCUAAAAUUUAAAAAUUUAUCCAUAGAUUGAAGUAAAACAUUUCACUGGUGUAUUUCAAACAAUUUGGAUUGCUGUUAUAUGAAUAUUUUAUUGAUUUUUAUGGCUGUUCAAGGGAUGUAUCCCUCUAGCCUUCUAGUUACGCCACUGUAGAAUGCUAAUAUUAGAUUGAUAAGAUAUAGGGUAAACUGUCCAUUGACAUAGUGCUCAUUGAAAUUAUGAUGUUAAGAAAGGUUCAGUUAAGAAAAAUUUAAAUCUUAAGAAAAUAUUGAAAUGUUUUUUAUUAUGAAUAUUAUAAUAAAUGUUACUUUUGUUUA